UCCUAAGUUCCCACCUUUACCUUUCCUUCCUCCCCUAUUUCCACCGAUUCUUUCGCCGUUUCCUCUAUCGGAUCGAUCAAGAUUCUCUUGUUUCUAAUUAUCCGGUCAGUUGUUACUGCCCUUCAAUCUUGAUUCCUCAGAAGCACGGGGAGAAAUCUUGAUCUUUUGAGCCGGAUUCGUUCAUCCUGUCUCCGAUUUGAUUUGGUUGUCAAAAAAGCUUACUUCUUGAUCGAUCCGCUGCAGCUUUAAUCCUUCUUGACUACUGAUAUUUCCUUUCCUUUUUUUCUUGUUGGAAAAAUCGUUCCUUUUUGGGUUUGAGCUUGAAUUUUGUUUGAUUUCUUUUAAAUACGUCCUGAAACCCCCCUUUUUUUUCCCACCCAUCAUUCCGAUUCGAGUCUUCGAAGAUCCAUCUUUUAUCGAUCUAUGAAACUUAAUUCUUAGUUAAUAAUCCUGUUCGGCUUCAAUCUCCUCGAUUUGCUUGUGUUCGCAUCUCUUCCACGGCAUCAAAUGGCUCGAGAAAGCUGUAAUCUUGACAAAGACGAAGCCGAAAUCCUCAAACCUUCCUCCCCUUCUCCGUCGACCCCUGCUCCUCCAUCAUCGUCCCCUGUACCGCCGUCCCUGUUCUUGAAACCCUGUGAGGAAUCGCUGAACCUGAGAGCGGAGACUCCGGCUACAGAGACCGCCGUCGCGGCAUCUACCACGCCCAAGACCGACAAGGAGUCGAAGCCUGAGGAGGAAUCCAAACCGCAGGUACGAUUCAGCAAUAGGUGCUCCACUUGCGGGAGAAAGGUGGGGCUGACCGGAUUCCGGUGUCGAUGCGGGGAUCUCUUUUGCGGUCGCCACCGGUAUUCCGACGUCCAUGAUUGCUCAUUCGAUUACAAGGCGUUGGGGAGGGAGGAGAUUGCUAAGGCUAAUCCUGUGGUCAAAGCUGCCAAGAUUAUCAAGAUCUAGGGUAUAAAGCUUUCGCCUUUCCAUGCUUCUUGUCAUUUUACAUCUUCAAUUGCACCCAUCCUUGAUCUGUUUGGUGGCGUUGAUAUAAGUUGAAUACAGGUUGAAUCUUUUUAUCCAAGAGAUUAUUUCAGAUAAUUAAUUUGUUCUCUUUGAUCUUGAGAUUAAAAAAAAAAAGAUAAUACUGGAAUGCGGAUUUAACUUUUGUAUUCCUGCAAGUAGUUUUACCUUCCAAGCGAUCCCAAUUCUCAUCAAUUUGUGCAUUAGCUUUCA